AUGAUUACAAAUAUCCAAAAUAGUUGCGAACAACAACAACAAGCAUUGCAAAUCUACAACACACCAGAAUAUAUUAUUAGUAGCCCACAAUUAUUCUUGUCAAUUAAACAUAUAAGUCCACCUGGUACAAAUUCACCAUCCUACUCUCCCAUCUCAAAUCCAUCCUACUCUCCAUACUACUUCCAUCACUCAACUACAAAUUCCUCAUCACCAUUUCCUAUUUGUUGUCAGUGUCUUUUUUGUAUAGAAGCCGGUACAAGUGGCAGUGAUGAUAGUACUUGUGUUGGCAGAAGUGGUAAUUGUUAUCAAAUCGGAGAAUGUUCAGAUUAUUCAGAUUAUGAUGACAAUAGUAAGGAAGAAUUUUUAAGUUCACCUUAUAAAUCUCAAGAAAGUACACCGUUGGUUUAUCAUCAUCAUGAUAUUAACGGUAGAUCACCAUCAUCGUUGGGAGCUUUCACGCCUAUAAAUAUGGGAGGGAUUAGUCCAGUUAAUAUAUAUGGAUCACCAAUGGCUGCUAAUGGAAAUUCAUCAUCAUCCUCCCCCCCUUCUUCAUAUAAACAACAGCAACAACAACAUUUAUCAUCAACAAUGUCAUAUCCUUUAGCAAGAGAAGAUUUAGAAUAUAUUGUAUCAAACUAA